ACACACACACACACACACACACACACACACACACACACCAGCCCUUCAUCCUGCGCGCGCGCCUCUGGAGCAGAGUUCCAGGCGCGGUGGUGAGUGUGAGACGCAGCUCCGCUCCUCGCGCUGUAUUUUACAUUAAUUAUCAUCAUCAUCGUCACUGUUGUUAUUAAUCGUUAAUCAUUUUAUUAGCUCAUUUCUGACUGUUUGGGGUCAUUGUCCUGUCCUCUGAUACGGAUCGCGUUCUUCAUCAUCGGCAUGUUGGGAAUCUUGUGCAGCGGAUCACGGGAUUGUCUUCCUCCUCUUCCUUCUCUUCAUCUUCCUCUUAAACAGGAAUAAAAAUCUAAUAAAGUGUUUCUAAAGAGAAAACUUUACAUCUGCACGGAUUUAUUACACUGGAUUCCGUGAUGAUGAUGAAGAUGAAGAGUCCGCGUGCGGUGGAGGCUGUUCGGGAUUUCUGACAUUUUUAGCGCAAUUUCCGAUUUGGGGAAUUUAAAAAAAAUAGUAAACAAAAAUCAUUACAGUUUGUUUGAGGUUUGGAUCGCGUUUCCAUCAUGCGUCUGUUUCUGUGCGGCUUCCUGCUGCUGUUAGAUGACCUGUCCGUCUUCGUGUCCUCGUCCCCGUCUUCCUCGUCCUCCUCAUCCUCGUCCCCCUCUCUGGACUUUGUGGACUGCGUGCGGGCGAGUGAGGAGUGUAACCUGAGUCCUCAGUGCAGCUCACGUUAUCGCAUCAUGAGGCAGUGCCUUGUGGGUAAAGACUGGAACUCCAUGUUGGCCAAUAAGGAGUGUCAGGCUGCGCUGGAGGUCCUGCAGGAGACGCCACUGGUGGAGUGUCGCUGUAAGCGAGGGAUGAAGAAGGAGUUACAGUGCCUCCAGAACUACUGGAGCAUCCACAUGGGCCUCAGCGAAGGAGAAGAUUUUUACGAAGCGUCUCCGUACGAGCCUCUGCCUCCCGUCCGUCACACCGAUGCCGUCCGUCUGGCCUCCAUCAUCUCCAGUAUGAACACAGGUACAGGUAAAGCUCAGUCUCACUGCUCUGACCCCAGUGGGACGUGUAAUCAGUGUCUGGACGCCACAAAAGCAUGUAACCUUAAUGAUAACUGUAAGCGUCAGCGCUCCAACUACAUCAGCACGUGCACACGCAGCGAAUGCAACAGGAAGCGCUGUCACAAGGCGUUACGUCAGUUUCUGGAGCGCGUGCAGUCGCAGUACAGCUUCGGCCUGCUGUUCUGCUCCUGCCAAGACCAGGGCUGUGCCGAGAGGAGACGCCAGACCAUCGUCCCCACCUGCGCGUACGAGGACAAGAUCAAACCAAACUGUCUGCAGCUGCGCAAGACCUGCCGCCUCGACCCCUUCUGCAGGUAA